CAGCUCCGCCGUCGCAGGCAACCUCUGUAUCCCCGGUGCUAACCAUUCGCUUCGCGUCGGCAUGGGACCGCAGCGAGGGGCGGUGCAACUGGUGCCCGUGGACGCCGAUGGCGCGAAUGGCACCAACGGCGUCGCCGCCAACCCCGACGCCAAGGACACCAACGGUGUACAUUAUGUCCCCGCCGACAAGAUUCGCGACACAGGGCUGCGCGUGCCGAGCCGCGUGGUGUUCACGGCGCUGGCGGCCGUGAGCUUCGCCAUCAUCUACGGGCUGAAGGUGAACCUGAGCGUGGCGAUCGUGGCGAUGGUGAACGGGACCCACCUGCGCUACGCGCAGGCGCAGCUGCGCGCGGCGGAGGCGGCCGACGACCACGCGGAGGGCGGCGACGGCGCCGGCGCCUGCCCCGCCCCACCCGGACAC